AUGAAACGGUCGUGUUACAUGAAGGAAAGGGCAGGCGGAAAAAUAGAAAUAAAAGCUGGAGUAAAGAAAAAGCCAAGGUUGAGAGGAGAAAAUCAAAAGGUCUACCAAAAAAGAUUAGAAAAAGACCUUAAAAGGAAGGAUACCAUAAUAAUUGAUCCCCAGGAGUAUAUAAACAUAUUUUCUAAAUACGGAAAAGUAAAAAUACUUGGUAAAGACGUGCCUGUUUUUGAUUUUAAAACAUGUGUAGCUGAAAAUAUUAAAGCACCUGGUCAGUUACAUUUCCAGUUUGCGCCAGCAAAAAGAUUAAAAUUGAUAAAAGAUAAAAACACUAUUUUAAUUAAAGGGGAAACAACAUACAAAAGUGAUUUAGGUGUCUUUAAAUCAUUCCUCAAAAAAGGAAAAAAUUUCCAUUUUAAGCCUGAAUUGCUUCCACUGAAGGUCCCGGUAAAAAAGGAGAAACUAGAAGAUGUCAAUAAACUUCUCAAACAGCAUUUUGGACCAAAUUGGAUGGAGCUUAGUGAAUUGGACUUCUACAAGAACCUUCUAUCCAGACCAGACAAAGACGAGAUUCAAGAAGAAAUGGAAGAAAUUCAGGAUAUUCCAACAGAAUUAAGUGAUGAAUUGACCGUAUGAUUUAACCAACUUUAAUUUGUUUAAGAUACUGUCU